AUGAGGUCCCUGUUGAAGCUUGUUGCGAUUCUCUUCUGUGUCCAGACGGGAGAGGGCCGCUGGCUGAGAGCUUUGAUCGGUCAGAAACAGGAAACGGCAUCGACACAGACACAGACGUCUCCCGGUGAGGAAGAAAGAAGCAUGUAUUCGUCUGUAGAGGACGGCCAGACGGAAGCCUCGGGAGUCGGCCCAUCCUCUGACCCCAUCAUGCAAAUACCGGCCCGGGCACGUCGCUCGGCUCUCGACUCCCAUUGUGAACUGCGGUCCAUCCUACUGCAGGUUCGGGACCUGGGGUUAGGCUACGACUCAGACGAGACCAUCUUAUUUAAGUACUGUAGCGGAACGUGCCCCCACGCUCGCUCCAACCAUGACCUGACCCUGCACAACCUGCUGCUCAGCGGAGUGCUCCCCCACGCAUCGUCUGGGGAGCUGUGGCACAACGUGCCCUGCUGCAGGCCCACCCACCACGAGGACAUGGCCUUCCUUGACAACUCACACCGCUGGCACAAGGUGGAGAAGCUCUCAGCCGCUGGCUGCAGCUGUGUGGGCUGA